AUUGUUGUGGGAGCUAUGGUGCCUAUGAAAUGGUGCUUUAUUUGUGUCAUGCUGAUUGUAAAUGCUCAAACUGUAAUUCCAGUAUUUAGUCUUGUUUCAAGUUAUUUGAUUUUCAUUUCCAGGAAACAAAAGAGUAUAUGGAUUGCAUAUUUGCUGUGGCUCAUAGGAGGUUUGGUGGGCCUUCACUUGAUCUAUCUUCGGCGUGACCGGCAGGCAUUUAUCUGGAUGUGCACUUUGGGUGGUUACCUUGGCUUUGGAGCCAUUCGAGAUUUAUUCCGCAUUCCGGAAUAUGUAAGAGAUGUCAAUAAUGCUGAGGGUUACGCUGUUUGUGGGACGGAGCCCCCACCCUUCAGUGUUCUGCGUUUUGUUGGAGAGAUACUCGUUGGAAACUCUUGGACUUAUCUCCUGGCUGCAGCUGUUCCUCAGGAAGAUAUAUGUGGGUUUUCCCUUGUCCCGCUUAUACAUUUGGCGCCUCUUGGCAGUGCUUUAGCUGUCUGGACGAUUGGUAAUAUUGGACGUGAAAAAGCUGACCUGAAGUGGGCUUUCUUUGGGGCUGGUGUCUUUGUGCCAGUGUCGGUCUUCCACCAGCCCUAUAACAACUUUGGGGCAGUUCUGUCGGCUGUGCUCCUUAACUGGAAGGGCAGGGGCUGGAAAAAGAAACCACAUACCAGGACACCAAUUUGCAAACGCCUGGCAACUUUUACAGUGUGUGGCCUGCUCUUUAGUAGUCUGUGGCUCUCUUACUUGUACUUCAAUGCAACAGUAACAGAUAAACAUGGAGAGCGUAUCAAGCUUCGAGAUGCUGCUGAGAACUUUUUGAAUUCCCCAAUGUUCCUUGAAUUUAAGAAGAACAUGAAAGCAAUAUAUGAUGAUGCAAAUGAAAAUGGAUGGAGCAAUGCAUGGUCCAACUUUGUGGACUCACUUGAUCCGUUUGGAGAAAAGCAUGCGUUGAAGGUCCUUGGCUUAGGAAAAGGGGCAACACAGGAGGAAAUAACAUCUACUUACAGGAAACUAGCCAAGGAGUGGCAUCCAGACAGACACAAAGAGGAAAAGGAAAGUGCUAGCGAAAAGUUCAUCAAAAUUAAAGAAGCAUAUGAGAAGCUGUCUACUAUUAAAAGAGAGAGAGCUUGGAAGAACAAAAGAUCUGAGGAACUCUGACCUUUUUUUUUCUUAUUUUUUCCUUUUUUUCUUUUACACAGAUGCCUCUACAAGGGCUUUGUAACCAAGGAGUCAGUUAGGAGGCCUGCCUAAUUCAACUGAUUACUUCAUUCCUUUAUUUUUUCUAAAUACUGUUUAUUAGCAUAAUGUAUUAUUAAUAAUAUCAUUAUGAUUAUAAUGGUUACUAGUACUACUAAUAGUAAUGAAAAAAAAGUCUUCAAAAGUCAACAUAAAGGGUAACUAAGAGAGACCAGGAAGGCUUAGUAAUUGACUCUUGGUGACAGUCCACUUGUGGAGUCUUCUCUAUGUAAACAGAAGUAAUAAACAUAUGUACAUAUUCUCCUGCAUCACCGGUUGUUGCCACUAAUAAACACUUAUUCAAACCAAGAUGAGCUACUUUGGUUAAUUUCUUCUGGGGGUAUAAAUAUUAUGCCUUUCAUGCUCAAAGAGGGUAUUAGAUUGUACAAUCAUUCCAUUGUUAUUUCUUUUUCUUGCUGAUUAUAUAAUAAGAAUAAAGUAUUAUGUCUUUUCUUAAUUUUUCCAGUGAAGACACAAAUGUCAAAUUUGUAGUUGUGGUAGAAACAGUUCAUUGGAAGCAUGUGCAAGUUUGGUUUGGUGUCAGAGAACUGUGUUUGGCAAUGGGUUCAGGACUUGGUGAGCCUAGGCAAUCAGUGACAGGUUGUUGGCUGGGGUACAGUCCAUAUGGAGCAGAGGGAAUAUUUAUUGGAGUAUUUGUAAUGGUAGGUUAUUGAUAUCUCAGAAAGGGAUGUUGUACUUCUGUAAUUUAUUGUUAUGAAUAUGAGAAGCAUUACUAUUUGUGUUCAGACAUGAUCUCAUUAUAUGAUCAUAUUUUAUAUUUAAUGAAGAGGGCUGUGUGCUUAUUUCUAGAGGUUUAGAUUUAAAGAACUUCAAACCUUUAACGGCUCAAAAGCAUUUUUUAUGGCUAGUAGUAUAAGGUAUUUUAGAUUUAAUGGGUUGUCAUAUUGAUGACAUUGAAAUCGCACUAGAUAUAUGUUUUUGCCGUCCAUCAACCCACACAUACAUAUGCGUGUGUGCACGCACACCCCCCACAAUUGAUUGAUAUUUAUAUAUUCUUAUUGGUUGGUUUAUAUACCUUGGAAGUUUUGAUUCUGCUUUUACAAGGUGCCUUUGUUUAUUGAUUUAUACAUCUGUAAUUCUGGGUUUAUUUAGUUAUAGAAUAAGAGAGGGAGUCCAGAAGUUGUGAUACAAUAUAUUAAUACAGGAAGUAUAUUUUGUUUUGGUUAACUGGAAUUUCUUGUUCUCUGAUUGCAACUGUCCAGUAGAUGCCAUUUUUAUCCAGUGUUCCCUGGGCAAUCUCUCGCUUCAAUCCAGAGUGCAAGAUAAUAAGUGCUUGUUGUCUAAUCAAAUGGUUGAACUUGUUUUUAGAAAUAUUUCAGUUGAUACAUAUAUUAAAUGAAAAAGUUUUAGAACCUUUGAGAAGGAAAGAAGUCAUUGAAAUCAAAAAUAAAAAGUUCAUCAGUAAGAGGUUAUAGAUUUGUUUUUUGUAUUUUUUGUAUUUUGUACAACAAUGUCUAAUCAUUUUCCCAUCAAUUUUAUUUAUUGAUAAAUAAUAGUAUGCCAUUUAAAGGAAUUAUUAGUUUUGUUCUGUAUUCCAUGCUUGUAAAUUGCAAAAACUUGUUUGCUCAUGAUGUCAUAAGUAAGACUGUUGCAUACUUCCAAAAAGGUAUGUUUAUUUUAAUAUUUCAUACCAAAUUAUAUAAUAUUUAAUAUAACUGAGGAGUUUAAAUAUUUUAAAAUGUGUGAUUGUAAAGUUCCAUUGUACAAGAUUGCAAACUUUGUCCAGUUUGGAAAAAAUGCCAUCACUAUUUCUUCAAGGGUGCAUGACACAAACACUAAAUUCAGUGCAGGGAAUAAAAAGAUUUCUGUAAACCA